GUGCUUCACAUCUUUGCCAAGCCAACACAUCUGUCGGUCUGUGCGCAAUGAGCGAGUUUACGUAGACGAUAGACUCUAAGUAAUUGCUUAAAUUUAAAACAAACUCACACGUUCUCAAUGCAGGCAGGUGGCAGCGGGUGAUCGUGCGCGCGGAUGUGUUCAGGACAGCCAUGAACAUCUCCGGAGGCGCACUUUUCCCUUCACAGAGCUCACUCAACCUCAUGGAUGACAAUUUGAAGAUAGGCUUCGACCUCACGAGCAAGCCGGUGUUGAUGGAGGAUCAAGGGAACGACACUGGCGCUCUUGGGAACUCCAGCGACCCGUUUGGCCGGAACGAGGAGGUCGCCAAGAUCGAGAUCACGGUGCUUAGCGUGACAUUCGUCGUGGCUGUGGUGGGGAACCUGAGCGUGCUGCUGGCCAUGUACACGAGCCGACGGAAGCCCUCGCGCAUGCACCUGUUCAUGAAGCAUCUGAGCCUCGCGGACUUGGUAGUGGCCUUUUUCCAGGUGCUACCGCAGCUCUGUUGGGAGAUCACCUUCCGCUUCUACGGGCCUGACUUCCUGUGCCGCAUCGUCAAGCACCUGCAAGUGCUAGGGAUGUUCGCGUCCACCUACAUGAUGGUGAUGAUGACGCUGGACCGCUACAUCGCCAUCUGUCACCCGAUGCAGACCCUUCACCAGCCCACGCAGCGCGCCUAUAUGAUGAUCGGGGCCACCUGGGUGUGUAGUCUUGCCCUGAGCAUGCCCCAGUAUUUUAUCUUCUCCCUGAGCGAGGUCCACCCGGGCUCGGCCGUGUAUGACUGCUGGGGACACUUCAUCCAGCCGUGGGGCGUGCGCGCCUACAUCACCUGGAUCACCGUGGGCAUCUUCCUCGUGCCCGUGGCCGUGCUUAUGCUCUGCUACGGCUUCAUCUGCCGAGCCAUCUGGCGGAACAUAAAGUACAAGACCCAGAAGGGCACUAGCGUGAUGGCACUUGCGACCAAGAAUGGGCUGAUCGGGACGAGUUCAGUCAGCAGCGUCACCACCAUCUCGCGCGCCAAGCUGCGCACAGUGAAAAUGACUUUCGUGAUCGUGCUUGCGUACGUGGUGUGCUGGGCUCCGUUUUUCACCGUGCAGAUGUGGUCGGUGUGGGAUGAGAGCUUCUCGUGGGUAGACUCCGAGAACACCGCAGUCACCCUCUCGGCUCUGCUGGCCAGUCUGAAUAGCUGCUGUAACCCGUGGAUCUACAUGAUCUUCAGCGGCCACCUCCUCUCUGACAUGGUUCACUGUCUGCCGUGCUGCCGGAGGCUGCUCCGCAAAUUCGGCCAUCAAGACUCGAACAGCAGCAUCCGCCGCAACACACUCUUGACCCGGGUCCCGCCCCCGGCCCUACCCCAUCGGAGCUCAGAGAAAAGCUCUUGCAAAGAUUGCAUCCACAACUCCCACAGGAACUGUCAAUCAAUCCCGGUGGAGUCUUAACCGGGUGCACACACUGUCCAUAUAUAAAUAUAUAUAUGUAUAUUGUGCAUCUGGUUCUUGGCAACACCACAGUGAUGAAGGCUGUCAUAAGUUUAGGGGGAGGCUUAAUGGAAACAAUGUGAUCAGAGUCAGUGCAUCCAUCUCUCCUGGAGCUUGUGUUUCUGCUCAGAGAGGUGUUCAACACACAUCAAUCCGUAAGUGAGUGGAAACGUGGUAGGCUAUAGGAAUACCUAGGCUAUAACUAGGUUAUCCUGUCUCUUCUUGCUACAUGUGAACUGACUGUCAGGAGGCAUCUAAAACCCAGCCAGUGCUAAUAUUUAUGCUCUUACAAGCUCUUAUGGGCCCACACUCAUGCAGCGAUCAGAAUCGUUGCCAUUAACCGGUCAUUCCAAAAUGAACCGAGAGGUCUGUCAGUAUGUGUUGUUCAAUAACUAAUCAUAUGCCUAAUAUACACAACCGUUAAAAAGUUUGGGGUCAUUUAGAAAUGUCCUUGUUUUUGAAAGAAAAGCUCAUUUUUUUGUUCAUUAAAAUAACAUCAAAUUGAUCAGAACUACACUGUAGACAUUGUUAAUGUUAAUGACUAUUGUAGCUGGAAACAGCAGAUUUUUUAUGGAAUAUCUACGUAGGCGUACAGAGGCCCAUUAUCAGCAACCAUCACUCCUGUGUGCCAAUGGCACAUUGUGUUAGCUAAUCCAAGUUAUCAUUUUAAAAGGAUAAUUGAUCAUUAGAAAACCCUUUUGAAAUUAUGUUAGCACAGCUGAAAACUGUUGUCCUGAUUAAAGAAGCGAUAAAACUGGCCUUCUUUAGACUAGUUGAGUAUGUGGAGCAUCAGCUCCACAUUAUAGGUUCGAUUAUAGGCUCCGUAUGGACUCGGGAGAGACGAAGGUCAAGAGCCAUGCAUCCUCCGAAACACAACCCAACCAAGCCACACUGCUUCUUGACACAACACACAUCCAACCCGGAAGCCAGCCACACCAAUGUGUCAGAGGAAACACCGUACACCUGGUGACCUGGUCAGAGUGCACUGAGCCCAGCCCGCCACAGGAGUCACUAGUGCGCAAUGAGACAAGGAUUUCCCUGCCGGCUAAAGCCUCCUUAACCCACACGAUGCUGGACUAACUGUGCGCUGCCUCAUGGGCCUCAUGGGCCUCCUGGUCGUGGCCGUCUGCGACAGAGCCUGGGCUCAAACCCAGAAUCUCUGAUGGCACAGCCAGCACUGCAAUGCAGUGCCUUAGACCAUUACGCCACCCGGGAGGCCCAGCUUCUUUAAUCAGGACAACAGUUUUCAGCUGUGCUAACAUAAUUGCAAAAGGGUUUUCUAAUGAUCAAUUAGCCUUUUAAAAUGCUAAACUUGUAUUAGCUAACACAACGUGCCAUUGGAACACAGGAGUGAUGGUUGCUGAUAAUGGUUCUCUGUACGCCUAUGUAGAUAUUCCAUAAAAAAACAGCAGUUUCCAGCAACAAUAGUCAUUUACAACAUUAACAAUGUCUACACUGUAUUUCUAAUCAAUUUUAAGUUAUUUUAAUGGGCAAAAAAAUGUGCUUUUCUUUCAAAAACAAGGACAUUUCUAAGUGACCCCAAACUUUUGAAGAUAGUGUAUGGUAAUUGCACUUUUUGACAGGUUGACUGUGACUUGAUGAUUGUUUGGCUAUGUUUAGGUUUACAGUACAUUGUCCCAUUAAAUUGUUAUGAAAUGUUUAUAAAAGGUUUAAUAAAAAAACUAUAAUAUACUGGCACACAUCACUCUUCUCUCUCCCUUCAUCUCCCCCAAUGGACCGCUCUUCUCCCCUCUCCCCAUCAAGCCCUUCACUCCAUCUUUGUGAAGUAUGGUGUUGUUUCUUUCAUUGACUCUCCAUCAUCCCUCAGGGGUUUUCAAUCUGUGAGAGUUAAUAAGCUUUAAAUUGGUCAGUUCUUUGUUGAGUAUUCUGUGGGGAGUGUCGAGGCGUGAUACUGGACCCUGGGUUUCAUUCUAAAUACAUUCCAUUCAAAAUACAUUUAGAUAAGAGCCAUGCAUUGAUGUUUGAUGUUAUUGUAAACAUAUGUGACUUAUUUGAAAUGCACAGUGUAUACAAAAACAAAUAUCACUAUUUCCUUUGUACUUUAGGUAUUUUAUGGCAUCAUCUCAAUGUGACCUUAUUCAGCUGUACAUAUUGUGUCUGAGAUUGUAGGACAUUAUGCUGUAAAGGGUGGCAGGUAGCCUAGUGGUUAGAGUAUUGGGCCCGUAAUCAAAAGGUUGCUGGAUCAAAUCCCCAAACUGACAAGGGAAAAAAUCUGGUGUUCUACUCCUGAACAAGGAGUAACCCACUGUUGCCCAGUAGACCAUCAUUGUAAAUAAGAGUUUGUUCUUAACUGAC